CUAGGUCAAGCACUGAGUAGAAUCAAUACCCCAGCCAAAGGAUCGCCAGGGAAAGACCCCUAUGCUGGUGGUGGUCAGGGCUGCGAUGUUUGUCCGUGGGACUCGUCGGGGUCGCCUGUCCCCACUGUCGGUUCUCCUGCACCUCGUUCGCUCGACGACAAACGGAAGGACUACGUGACGAACGCGAGACAGAUCAAGUCGUGCGAUGUGGGUUCUCGCUUGGCUCCUCCAGCACCCAAAAAGCCACAGAGGAAUUCCGUGGCAGCCAUUGAAACCCAUCUCGGGGACCUGAAUGCAACCCGGACCCCGUCUAUAGAAGAGACCGAGGAUUCUGUGGGGGGUCGUCGGAGUCACCGAGAUUCUUCGAUACCCGAAAGCGUCGCGGAAAUCAACGAGGAAGAUGAAAUCGCUGAGAAUACCGAGCUUCAGCCAUCUACCAGCAGCAAUGUCAAGUUCCGGGUUGAAAGCGACACUGACGAAAGCGUGACGCCGACGUCAGCCAUUGAUCGAGCAGCAGGAACGUCAGCAGCAGCGCCUGUCACAAUCGUCACUGCGGCGCCUCCUUCCGCCGCCCAUCCCGCCACCCCGCUGCUGCAAUUCGACUCCGUGGUGCCGCGCAUCUUCGCCGCUGAUACUGCGGAUGGCAGCGACACCUGUUGCGGAGUUGCGCAGGACAACAACGCGAUCGUGUUCGACGAGGCGGACGUGAAUACCCAGUACGCGUGCCACAUUGCCAGUGGGGUCGUGCACGCCCAGUCGGGUUACUCGGGCCAGCCCGAGGGUUAUUCCCGGCUGCAAAACGACGGGUGUCUGAUCUCGGCGGAAAACCUGCCCGACGAGUUCGUCUUGGAGCCAAAUUCUGGAGGGUUUCUCCAGUUUGUUGCACCCUAUUUGGACAGAAUUCCCGAAGAAACUGGCAGCGAGACUUCUUCCAUAACAACCGAAGCCAGGGAAAUACUCAGAUCCUCAGACGGUCACAGCAGACGGAACCUUACCGGCAUCGUCCCAGGCCAAGCUGGAGCAAUGACUUGCAGAGCAACCGGGCAACCCCGCCCCGGGGAUUCCUCCUCUUACCUGAACCAAGACCCGGUGCCCACGCACAUCAUGUCCACGGAUCCAUUGCCCAGUGUGCCCCUGCCGCAUCGGUCAGGGUUCCUGGGCACGUAUUCGGCCCCAAUGCCGCAGCCAGACAACACGCUUAUGGUGCUCCGCAAGGCCAAAGAGGCCCUGGAGAAAAAGCUGCUGGAGGAACACCAGCGACUACAAAGGGAGGCUGAAAAAGGUACACAAUUG